AUGGAAGGCCUUAAGUACUGUGCCAGCAAGGGCUUCGCUGUUGCGGGCACCGAGUACUCCACGGCCGGCGAGUGCUUCUGCGGUAACGCGCUGUCGUCGCUCGAGAAGCUCGACGAGCAAAGGAGAGCUCAAAGGCCCCCAUCGUCCCUCAUCGCAUCCGCUUGAUACGAGUAUCCGGUUGCCGGAAUCAUUGAUGAGCCAUUCCUCGAUCCUUUGCACGCCUUGCCUCUCCUUCCACUGUCUCCUGGAUAUGCUUCCGCCAGAGACAGCGAGACAACUGUUUGUCGCGACAGCAGCCCCAGUCAUGGUUUAUGCUGCUAGCAUUUAAAUAUAAGGAGAGAAGAAAAAUGGAUGACGAAAAGGAUAGGACUAGCAAAAGCUCACCAGGUAGCCCCCUUACCCUGGUGGUAGGGAGGUACUGACGUACGCCGACUACGAGAAUCCCCUGAUGUUGGUGGGGAAUUUACUUCGGGAUUAGGCGAGGAGAGAACCCCAACCUAAUGUGAAGAAAUGGCGGCAGAUGAGAAUCGAACUGAGAACGUGCAGAUUGAAGGCGAAGCUUUUACAACUACGCUACCAAAAUGCCUACCCUCAUCUUCAG